AUGGCUAAAGAUUUCAAAUCAGCUGCUAAUAACGCUGGUCCUAGAAAGGACUUCAGACAAGGUGGUGGUAACGCUGGUGGCAGAGGCGGAUUCAAUAAAGGUGGUAACUUCAGAGGAAAUAAUAACCGUGACAUGGGUCCCCCUGAAAGAGUUGAACCCGUUUGCGUAUUCUCCCACACUUGCGGUGAUUAAAUCGUAGUAAAGGCAACCGAUGUCAAGAAGGUCCCCAAAUUCAACAGAGGUAUUUACCUUGAAAAUAAAACUAAAGUCGGAACUGUCGACGAAAUUCUUGGACCUAUUGAUGGUUUCUACUAUUCUAUUAAGCUUGUUGAAGGUGUUUCUGCUGAUUCCUACAAGCCUGGUGAUAAGUUCUAUAUGGGUUGGGACGAUACCCUCCCUAUUGACAGAUUCCUUCCCAAGCCCAAAGGUGCCGGUGGUCCCAGAAGAGGUCCUGGAGGUAUCCAAAAGGGAGGCCCUGGUGGUAGAGGUGGUUUCCAAAAGGGAGGCUUCAACAACAAUAAUAAUAAAGGUGGUUUCAAUAAGGGUGGAUUCAAUAAAGGAGGAUUCAACAAGGGAGGUAAUGCUGGUGGUUUCAAGAAGAACUUCAAGAAUUGA